AUGACGACUGUAAAGCCUCUCCUGUAUUAUGUGAACGGCUCAAUUCCCUCUUGGAGAGUCCAGAUGGCGCUGUUCGAAAAGAAUGUAGAUUUCGACCAAAUUCGUCUCAAAGUGAUGAGCCACCCAAAGGAGACGCGGACGCCAGAGUUUUUGGCAAUCAAUCACCGCGGAAAGACGCCAGUCCUCGUGGAUGGAGAGACACGCAUCAACGAGAGCAUUGCAAUUCUGCACUAUAUCGAGGAUUACCUAGGACCGGCUCGUCCUCUGUUGCCACCACUCACCGAGCGUUCGAAUAGAGCACGCGUGCUCGCGCGAAUUCAAGAGACAGAAAAUCUCCAUAUCGCAUAUGACAAUCUUGAAGAUGCCCAUUUUGAAGCUGCCAAUGCCGGCCAUGUCCUCUCCCAAGAGACGCGGGCUGCGCUCGUUCAGAUGGUCUACGAAGAGUUGGAUUUCUGGGAGAAAUAUGCUUCUGAAGCAGACUAUAUUGCGUAUUCAGACUUUACGCUCGCAGACGCAGCAUUCUUUCCGUUUCUUGGAUAUAUGCUGCGACGAGGCUUUGAGUGGCAGGACUCAAGGUGGCCACAUCUCAAGAGAUAUUACGAGAGGGUUUGGGAGCGAGAUUGUGCUCAGCGAGCGCAGCCUGAAGGAUGGAAUGGGCGGGGGAGAGUCAACGUGUUCAAGGGAACAAGAGGAGGUGCACAACCAAUCUAUGAGCAGCAUGAACGUCCAGAAGCUGCUAGGUAG